CCUGGUACAAAGCGAUUACUGGGGCCAAGCGACAGGAACUACUGGGCCUCAUGCAUGCAGCAAAGAUUGGCGGCCACAUGGAGACCAGGACUCUGGGCCCCUCACAAAGACCGCAUAGCAGAAGCCUUUGAUCACUUCUGGGCACAAUUAUGGGCUAAACUGGCUGAACGGGCACAGACACCAGCAGCCACAGAU